GUGCAUUAGUUCUUGUCUGGUCAUAAAUAAUUUCAUUUUACCGCCUUUACUUCACAGCUGGCAUCUUGGAUUUUCACGUUGAUCUCUCAGACGAUGACCUGAAACAAAUAUUAGUGGUACUUCGCUUAUGUUGUGGUUUAGUGUCGGGACUGAAUGCGGUUUAGGUAUCUUCCAAGCAUAUAUUUCCAUAUUUUAAGUUCCAUUUAUCAAUAAUUGUUUGUAUCUGAGUAUCUGAGUAUCUGUGGGUGUGAGGUGCUUCAAUCUCCCCCACAUCCAACUUGCAUGAAUGGGAUGCUUUUUAUGUGGAUAGUCUGAGGUUCCGUAGGAUUGAUUCAUCUCGUUGCUUUACGCAUGCACUUUUUCUAAUUGUUCGCCAGCGAUCCGAUGCCAGCUAUAUAUGCAUUCUUUCUUCUCCGCUCCAAUACAACUUGUACUGCUAUGUCGUAUAACCAUGAGCUAUAGACAUAUCGAAGAGGCCAAAUUACUUGUACCACACCGUCUUUCGUUCCCACCCUUCUGGCAUGCGGGCUUGAUUCAGUUUCUGUGCUCUGCGCUUAGAUAGUGCGGCAGUGAUAUUAAAAAGCGUGACAUCUCCUUUUCCAAACGACUACCGUGAAGGGGCAGAGCGCCCACUGCAGAUACAGCGGACAUGACGUCCUAGUGGAAGUGAUGGGGGUUUCCUGUUACUGUGGCUGGGAACGGCGAGAAGUAUGGACUUCGGAACGGGGAGAGCUGGGGCCCUGGCUUCUGAUUCCGACUUCUUUUUCUUGGGACUCGUCACUGCGUCCCGUGAGACUGCGGCGGUAUGCAUGUCAAUAUAAAUUAGCUUCCGAGCGAGCGGCGGGAAUACGUUUAGGUCCUUUCAGGGUAGCACGGGGUGCAAAUCCGUGGAUAUGCGUGUGUAUGUGUAAAGGUUGCUGUCUCCCAUGGUGCACACAAGCGCAUAAUUAAGAAAGGAGAUGUCUUUGUUUCUUUUUAUAAUGGAACUCUUUAAUACAAAA